AUGUCUAUAUUGAACACAUCCGAUGGCAUAAGUGUUGAUCGCAGUGGUAACACCAAUGGAGUGAUUGUCACCAAAAACGCUAAUAUUAGCCUCAAAUCAGAGAUUAUCGACAUUAAAGCCAAAGACAAUUGUUUGGCAAAGAAUUUGACACAAUUGAAGACAAACAUCGGUUCUUCAGUCGAUCGCAAUCCAAAAGUGAUGAUAUUUUGUGGCCAAAAGUUAAGACAACGAAAUGAUUCGGUUUCCUCCGUCUCUGCCAUAAGUACAACGAUUGCCAACACAUGUAAACAAGAGGAUUUGUAUUCCACUUCUGGAGAUCAGUCGUCGCCAUCGCCGCAGAGCGCGAGUGACACUCAACCGCAGGACAUGUUCUGCUCGAGCACUAUGUCUGCCGACUGUUCCAGUAAUACGAGCGCCGACACCAUUGAUGCCAAAUGUGGUGAUACUUCACCCAAAAGAGUGUGUUUAGUCUGUGGCGAUACGGCCUCUGGAUUUCAUUACGGCGUCGCCUUUGUAUUUGAUUUGCAUUCGACAGCUUGUGAGGCGUGUAAAGCAUUCUUCAAGCGAACCAUUCAAGGCAACAUAGAGUACACGUGUCCGGCGGCUAAUGAUUGUGAGAUCAAUAAGAGAAGGCGGAAGGCAUGUCAGGCGUGUCGGUUCCAGAAGUGUCUUCGGAUGGGAAUGUUGAAGGAAGGCGUGCGUCUCGAUCGGGUCAGAGGUGGCCGUCAGAAGUAUAGACGCAGUUCCGAGAGUCCCUAUCUCGGAAGGCAUGUCAGGCGUGUCGUGUCUUCGGAUGGGAAUGUUGAAGGAAGGCGUGCGUCUCGAUCGGGUCAGAGGUGGCCGUCAGAAGUAAUCUGCGUCAAGGCUCUCAGGGAUAGUCAACGUGUUAUACAGUGGCGAAUUCUUCUGUGGGUAACUCCCAUACAGAACACAGCCUACAGAACAACGAUAAUAUCAGCUCUGAUUGGUUGCGAACCCGAACCUCUAUUAGCGCUGAUUUGUCAGAGCUCUCCCACAUCGUCCACAUCUUCCGCUCAAUACAAGAGUAUUUGUUCAUUGAGUGAUCUCGUGGACAGAGAACUGGUCGCUACUAUUGGAUGGGCAAAACAAAUUCCCGGUUUCACAGAUUUGAUUCUUAACGAUCAGAUGAGACUAUUGCAGACCACUUGGGCUGAAGUUCUUUCCCUUUCAUUAGCUUUUCGUAUUGUAUGCAAUGCACGCCAACGACAGGGUCGGCAUCAGCCAGUGCACCGUGUUGUGGAUAUUCUAUUAGAAGACUCGCAAUCGGUUUCGAAAUUACGGGAAACUCUAUUAAUGACACUUCAAGAAUGUGUGUCUGCUUUACGACCACUGAAUAGUGUAUCGCAUUUGAGCCAAUUGUUGUUAUGUAUGCCUUUGUUGCGACAGUUGGAUGGCGUGACCAGACGUUACUGGAAUUGUGUCCGAAGAGAGAGCAACGUUCCGAUGAACAAAUUGUUUGUCGAAAUGCUUGAGUCAAACAUAACAAUGCGUUAACUAAAUCACAAUUAUGUUUGUUUUAAUUAUGGGUUUGUUUGCGAACAAAAUAUUACUAAAAUAUUUGGACACAUAUUGAAAACAAUACGACAAUACAUGUAAUACAGGGUAUUAUUUUAUUGACAAACCGAUUGUCAAUUAUCUGCAACUACUGAUGGUUUGGGUUUGAGUUGAUCUAAGGUUAAGAUACUAUUACUAGGUUUAGAAUAUCUCUAAAAUGCUAUGCUUUCAAUAAUUUACAAUAUUAUUAAUAUUAAUUAUGC